UUGGCGUGUUUCAUGAUUGAGCCGUGUGGAAAAGGCAGCUGCGCCUUUAAAUGCACGGCUCACCCUGCUCUGAUUGGAUUUGUGGCUGAAUGUUGAGCCAAUGAAAGCUCGAGUUGUACAAAGAGAUCUCCUCGCUCCUCUGCAGCCUCAGCAGCAUUAACACUCCCACCAGAAUGUGAGACGCGCGAUGGCGUCAGCGUCAAUAACGUCUCCUUAUCGUUCGGUUAUUUCUUGAUAGUGGAAAAAGAAGACGUUUUCGUGGAGAUGGAUGAUGGAUAUUUUCUGACAUAUCUUGAUGUCAGUCUCUGCUAACGGACCGAGGAUGACAAAGGGAGGUGGAUUUAUUGUCUGGCGAUGGAAGGCGCUUUGGUGGCAUCAUUUCUUCCUCUUGUGGACUUCAAUAGAUGGACAGACUCGCUACAGCAUUCUUGAGGAACUCUCGCCGGGUUCUGUCAUUGCAAAUAUUGCCAAGGAUCUGGGUUUGGGGGUGUCCGAGGUCGCGGAGCGUAAGUUACGCGUGGCCGCCGAUGCCGGGGAGCAGUAUUUCAGCGUGGACGUGGGGAAGGGAGAGCUGCUGGUGAAAGACAGGAUCGACAGAGAGGCUCUGUGCGGACAAAGCAGCAGCUGCGUCCUUCCUCUGCAAGUAGUGGUAGAUAAACCGUUGCAGAUGCACCGAGUGCAGGUGGAAAUACAAGACAUAAAUGACAAUUCGCCAGUUUUCCCUUCAAAAGAUAUUAUUUUAAAUAUAUCCGAGUCAACCGCAGCGGGCGCUCGGUUCUCUUUAGAGGCCGCGCAAGAUCUAGAUUUCGGUGUAAAUUCAGUUAGAUCGUAUAGUUUAAGUAAGGAUGAUUUCUUCACUCUGAAAGUGAAAGAUUUAUCCGGCGGGCGUAAAGUGCCCGAGCUGAUUCUGUCCAAAUCACUCGACAGGGAGAAAAAAGCGCGACAUCAGCUUCAACUCACGGCUCUAGACGGAGGAAACCCGGUCAAAUCCGGAACCGCUCGAAUAAUCAUAAACGUCUUUGACAUUAAUGAUAAUUUCCCUGUGUUUGACAAUCAUAUGUACAAGGUUUCCAUCAGUGAAAACAGCGCAAAAGGUUCGUCUAUUGUGACACUCGCAGCUAAAGACAUUGACGAGGGAAUGAAUGGCGAGGUAGAAUAUUUAUUCGGAACACACACACCGGAAUCCGUUUCGUCUGUCUUUAAUAUUGAUCCUAAAACAGGCGAAAUAAUUCUGGUGGGCAAGUUGGAUUUCGAAACAAACGCUGUUUAUGAAGUAGAUAUCACGGCUAAAGACAAAGGAACUCCGAGGAUGGAGGGUCACUGCACCGUCCACAUCGAAGUGUUAGAUGUGAACGACAACGCGCCUGACAUAUUUCUAACUUCUCCACCGAACCCUGUCCCAGAAAAUUCACCGAAAGGGACAGUAGUCGCGUUGAUAAACGUCAGAGACCUCGACUCGGGUGAGAACGGGAAAGUGAUGUUACAGCUCCCGAAAGGUUUACCUUUCGAUCUGAAACACUCGUUUUCCGACAGUUACACACUUGUUACCAGCGGAGGUCUCGACCGCGAGAAGGCCGCGCAUUAUGAUAUCGAAAUUACAGGAACUGAUUUAGGGAUUCCAGCUCUAUCCUCGAAAAAAAUAAUUAGUGUGAUCGUCACUGACGUGAAUGACAACCCUCCUGUGUUCUCUCAGUCCUCUUAUAACGUCUAUUUGAAAGAGAACGGAGUAGCAGGAUCUAUCCUGUUCUCAGUCUCUGCUUCUGACCUGGACUCUGGUGAGAACGCUAAAAUCUCUUACUCCAUUCUGGACUCCAAGGUUCAGGAGGUGUCAGUCUCAUCUUAUGUUUACAUCAACUCAGAUAACGGCAGCAUCUACAGCAUGCACUCGUUUGACUAUGAGAAGCUGAAGGUGUUUGAGAUUCAGGUCCAGGCAAAGGAUCAGGGCUCUCCGUCUCUCAGCAGCAACACCACCGUCCAUGUGUUCAUCCUGGACCAGAACGACAACGCCCCCUCUGUCAUUUACCCGUCCUCUGCUGCCCUGGGCUCCCUCUCUCAUCAGAGGAUGCCCCGCUCCGCUAAAGCCGGUCACCUGGUUACCAAGGUGACGGCCGUGGAUGCCGACUCGGGUCAUAACGCCUGGAUCUCCUACAAAGUGGCGGAGGCCACGGACGCCUCUCUGUUCACGGUCAACCAGUACACAGGGGAGGUGAGGACUAAACGCUCCGUGUCCGAGCACGACGACUCCUCUCAGAGACUCCUCAUAGAGAUCAGAGACGAUGGGGAACCGGUCCAGUCCGCCACCGUCACCGUGUCCAUCCUGCUGGAGGACGGGCUCCAUGAGCCCAUCUUGGACCUGAGACACAAAGUGUCCGAGCCCAGCAAGAAGAGCGACAGACUGGCCCUGUAUCUGAUCCUGUCUCUGGCCUCGGUGUCCGUGCUGUCGCUGGUGACUUUCCUCAUCUUAGCGGUCAAAUGCAUGAGGAGCAGCAGAAGCAGCGGCGCUUGCUGCAUGAGACGCUCAGACUGUGAGGAUUACAAGAACCCCAACAGAAACCUGCAGAUCCAGCUCAACACUGAUGGACCUAUCAAGUACGUGGAGGUCCUGGGAGGAGACAUGAUGUCUCAGAGUCAGUCCUUCAGGUCCUGCAUGUCUCCCAUGUCAGAGUACAGUGAUUUCACACUGAUCAAGCCCAGCAGCACCACUGACUUUAAGGAGGUGAUCAGUGUCCUGGAUGCUUCUUUACCGGACAGCACCUGGACCUUUGAGAGCCAGCAGGUGAGCAGAAAUAACUAGAUACUGUGACCCCCUGCACAUGAUAUGAAUGCCUCAAAGACCAGUAGUAUAAUCAUAACUGCCAUAUGCUAUUUGAAAUAUGACUGUAAGCUGCAACCAUGACAUUAUUUGGGGAUUGUCAGUCUAUGAAGGCCCACCAUGACUAACAUGAGAUUGCCUGCCUUACAUCGCACCACAGAGACAAAAGAACUUGAAGGUUCAUUCACUGUUGAUGAUCGAUGGUCAUCACACUGAUAGUCUGAUGAAUGGGAUGUCUAAUAACUAUCUUAAGAUAUGGACUUUUGAAAUUGACAUACAUUUGUUUUUUUACACUCAUCUAAGUAUUUGAUACUUACAUGUAUAAAAUGAAGUACAGUGGAACAAUGUGGUGCAUUUUCCACAAGACC